GGGGGCGGGGGGAAGAUGGCGAGCGUGGGGUUGCAGUUCCAAGCGAGCGCCGGGGACGCUGACCAGAGCCGGCCCCUACUGUUGCUGGGCCAGCUGCAACACCUGCACCGCGUGCCCUGGAGCCACGUCCGCGGGAAGCUGCAGCCCCGGGUCACCGAGGAGCUCUGGCAGGCAGCUCUGGCCACGCUCAACCCCAACCCCACGGACAGCUGUCCCCUCUACCUGAACUGUGCCACCGUGGCGGCUCUGCCUUCCAGGGUGAGCCGGCAUAACAGCCCUUCCGCUGCCCACUUCAUCACCAGGCUUGUGCGAACCUGCCUGCCACCUGGAAGCCACCGGUGUGUCCUGAUGGUCUGUGAACAGCCCGAGGUUUUCGCCUCUGCCUGUGCCCUGGCCCGGGCCUUCCCACUCUUCACACACCGCUCAGGGGCAUCCCGGCGCACAGAGAAGAGGACGGUCGUGGUGGAAUUCUUCCUGGUGGGACAAGACAAUGGCCCAGUGGAAGUGUCCACCUUGCAAUGUUUAACCAAUGCCGCAGAAGCUGUGCGGCUAGCCGCCCGUAUUGUGGACACUCCAUGCAAUGAGAUGAACACAGACAUCUUCCUUGAGGAGAUUACUCAAGUUGGAAAGGAGCUGGGGAUCACCCCCACCAUCAUCCGGGAUGAGCAGCUGAAGACCAGAGGAUUUGGAGGAAUCUAUGGGGUCGGCAAAGCUGCCCUCCACCCGCCUGCUCUGGCCAUCCUCAGCCAUACCCCUGAUGGGGCCACACAGACCAUUGCCUGGGUGGGCAAGGGUAUCGUCUAUGACACCGGUGGCCUCAGCAUCAAAGGGAAGACCACUAUGCCAGGGAUGAAGCGAGAUUGUGGGGGUGCCGCAGCCAUCCUGGGAGCCUUCAGAGCUGCCAUCAAGCAGGGUUUCAAAGAUAACCUCCAUGCUGUGUUCUGCUUGGCUGAGAAUGCUGUGGGCCCCAAUGCCACCAGGCCUGAUGACAUUCACCUUCUGUACUCAGGAAAGACCGUAGAGAUAAACAACACAGAUGCCGAAGGCAGGCUGGUGCUAGCCGAUGGCGUGUCCUAUGCUUGCAAAGACCUGGGAGCUGACAUCAUCGUGGACAUGGCCACAUUGACUGGAGCACAGGGCAUUGCCACAGGGAAGUACCAUGCAGCCGUGCUCACCAACAGUGCCGAGUGGGAGGUGGCCUGCGUGAAGGCUGGCCGGAAGUGCGGGGACCUGGUCCACCCUCUGGUCUACUGCCCUGAGCUGCACUUCAGCGAGUUCACCUCAGCUGUGGCUGACAUGAAGAACUCAGUGGCGGACCGAGACAACAGCCCCAGCUCCUGCGCUGGCCUCUUCAUUGCUUCACACAUCGGAUUUGACUGGCCUGGGGUCUGGGUCCAUCUGGACAUCGCAGCUCCAGUGCAUGCUGGAGAGCGAGCCACGGGCUUUGGUGUGGCCCUGCUAUUGGCACUUUUUGGCCGUGCCUCCGAGGAUCCACUGCUGAACCUGGUUUCCCCACUGGACUAUGAGGUGGAUGCCCAGCAGGGUGAUGAUGUGGGACGUGACUCCAAGAGACGCAGGCUCGUGUGAGCGCUACUUUCCACCUGGUGACACGGGUUCCUUACCUCAUUUUGCACUGGCUGACUGGUUUUAAGUAUUUGAGAGAUUAGAUCUUGAGAUGAGUUUGGCUUUUCCUUUCUGUAACAUGUGGUGAUGGGAGUGGCCAUUCUUCUCUUAGAAGACAGCUUAGGGUUUGGUGGAGUCUGGUGAAGACUGUCACAGACCUCCUAAGUCAGCUUCUGCACACUCACUGUCCCUUACCCCCACCUGGUCUUUAGAACCACCUCAGGUCACCUCUGUGGUGAGUGCACUUCCUGAUCCAGGCCCUUGCUCCAGCUGCGGCUCACUGGGGUGCCCGGCCAGCCCAUGCCUUGGUAGAUGUGACUGGCUGUUAGAGGCUCCAUUCUGUGAGUUAAUUCACUUGAAGUUGAAUUAAAUAUGACCACAACAUA